CGCACUUGGCGCACACGCAGCGUUUUGGGAAUGACAUUUUAAAAACUCUGCAAACAUUCAGUUGCUCUGUGUUUAUUGAGAGAGGGUCGCGGCUGUGAGAAGCAGCCAAAGCUCCAAUGAAUGAACGCAUUCUUAUCCGCGCGGGCGACCAAUAACAACUUUGUUGCCCUCCGCGGUGCGUGUGUGACGCGUCAGUCCCGGGGGCGCGCCCAGUGCACACAUCUCCGCGCAAAAAAAAAAAAAAAAAAAAGAAGCCUCCGACAAAGUUUAGUUUGGAUGGACUCGCGGAAAGAGUGCACACGAGCGUCGGCAUGUUGGGGGACGUUUAGGGACGAGGUUCGCUCAGGCGGCAGGCAGACAAGGGCGACCAUCGUUUUUUUUUUUUUUUAACUGGCGACUGUCGCUCUUUGGGAUGUAAAAAUUAAUCAUCAUCCUUCACGUGCGGCUUCCGUGCUAGGCUUAUCCAGGACACACCCAGUACAUUCGCUUCAACGCAGGACCUGAAUGAAGGGUUGCUACCAUUCCCGGAUCAUUUUGGAGAACAGACAGUUGUGAGGCGAGAAAUCACCAGGUUCUCCUGUCAGGUAAUCUUCAGGCAGCGAUGGACGACUCCGGAGAGGACUACGGAAACUACAGCUAUGACUACUACCUGGAAUAUGGUGACAUGGAAGAACUGAAAGUCGACCACAGGCAGAAAGAAGCAAUUCACAUUAUCUCCGUCGUCAUUUACGUCAUUUCCUUUGUACUCGGCCUGAUUGGAAACGCAACUGUCAUUUGGGUGACGGGAUGUAAGAGCAAAAGGACCGUCAACAGCGUCUGGCUCCUCAAUUUGGCCUUGGCCGACUUUGUCUUCGUGCUCUUCCUCCCAUUCUACAUUGACUACAUCCUGCGCGACUUCCACUGGGAUUUUGGCGUGGCCAUGUGUAAGAUGAAUUCUUUCGUGUCCGUCAUGAACAUGUAUGCGAGCGUCUUGUUCCUCACGGCGCUCAGCGUGGACAGAUACGUUUCGCUGGUCCAUCAAAACUGGUGUCGGAGGUGGCGAACGGUCGCCCGAGCCUGGUUCACCAGCGCUUGCGUGUGGCUCACGGCCGCCAUCAUGAGCUGCCCCACGCUCAUCUUUCGGGACACGGUGCGCUUACAUGACAAAGUGAUUUGCUUCAACAACUUCCACGCGCAGGAUGGACAGUCGGCAGCCACAAGACAUAUUCUACUGGUCUCCAUCCGGACCACAGUGGGCUUCCUCUUGCCGUUCUCCGCUAUAUGUGUCACCGGCAUCCUUCUGACAUUGAAGGUGAAUCAAUCCUGGGGCUCCGUUCGCCUGUCGAGCUUCACCAAAACAGUCUCCGCCAUGAUCCUGGCCUUCUUUUUAUGCUGGGCUCCUUUCCACAUCUUUAGCCUGAUGGAGCUGUCCAUACAUUCCUCACUCUAUCUGCACAACGUGUUGAAAAUGGGAUUUCCUCUGGCCACCAGUUUAGGCUUUUUCCAUAGCUGCAUUAACCCAGUGCUCUACGUGCUUCUGGGUAAAAAAGUUCGGACCAUCCUGAAGCGUGCAUGUCUGGACAUCACGAAAAGCUCGCUGAGAGAACUCAGCCAGUCCGUGUCAGCCACCGAAAUGGAAUCGUUGCCUGGAGCCCCCGACGCCGAGAACAGGACACCGGAGGAGCCUGUGGCUUCAUCAACUCUGUAAUUGGGAGAUGUACAAUGGAUAUAAAAAGUCUACACACCCCAUUUCAAAUGCCAGGUGUUUGUGAUAUUUAUUUAAAAAAAAAAAUUUUAAAAAAAGGAAUAAAUCACCUCAAAAUUUUUCCAACUAUUUAUGUGACCUAAAAACUGUACAACACAAUUGAAUUAAAAAAAUAUAUUUUUGAGAGGGGAAGUAAAAAUGAACUGUGUUCAGAAUCCAUCUCGUGUCAAAUGGGAGUCAGCACACACGGAACAGUUCCGUUUUUGGUUUUCUUUUCCCACUUUUACUUUGAACUGUUUAUAAUUCUGUCCAGCUUGACUAAUGCUCCAGGCUCAAUCGAGGAAAAACAACCCCAGGGUGUGCAGACUUGUGCAACAACAUUUAGUUGUUUAUUUUUACUUCCACUUUCAAUUUUUUUUUUUAAUUCAAUUGUGUUGUACAAUUUUUAGGUCACUUAAAUAGUUGGAAAAGUUUUGAGAUGAUUUAUCAUGGUCUUGUUUUUCUGUAUCACAAAAACAUAACAUUUGAACAGGGGUGUGUAGACUUUUUAUAUCCACUCUACAUCUUCAACCAAAAACUACAUUAGAUGCAAAACUUCAUACACUACACAGCAAUAAUCUGUAUCCUUCCAUGUACUUUUCAAAAGUGGCGCAGAGAAUAAACAUACAAAGGGCUAUGGUGAAGAAAAACAAAAAAACAACGGUACAAAAGUUUUCAUUUAAAUGAGUGAUUGUUGAUUUCAUUGUUUGACAAACUAAAAAUGAGGUCAAAUUUGACCUCAGCAAGCCAUACGUACUGCACACAUGUGAUAUUACGACUUUAUUCUUGUAAAAUUACUACAUUACGCCUAUGACAGUAAGACUUUAGUCUCAUCGAGUGACUAUUAUUGUAGUACAGUUGUUUUUUGUUCUUGUAGUUUUUUUUUCUUUUCAGUGUCGCCCCAACACUAGACACAAUACAAUAACUUGACAUGAUUUCAUUUGAUCGGUCAUAAAGAUGUUUUGACCAUCUGCGUUUACAUGAACUCUGCGGAGCAACCUGAACACGACUUUUGAAAUGAAUUUUAAAGUUGACAAAAAAAGAUGUUAAGACAUUUCAUUUUGUUCAAUUGAGAAUAGAAUGACAUACAGAUAUGCAAAAGAUGUAUAACAACUGUAUAAGUGUAUAUUUGCUGCUGGACGAUAUGUAGAAAUGUGACAGAUAUAUUUCGCUUAAUAUAUUCCAACUAAAUAGCCCUUAAUAAAUGUGCUCUACUGUAGUUUUGACUUAUAUAUAUAUAUAUAUAUAUAUAUAUAUGUUGUUCAGCAGUGUCUCUGUUAUGUCAUUAAAGCUUUCAACCUUUGUUAUUGUACAAAAUGACAGACACUUUUCCAGCCUGCUAUUAAGACAGGAGGAGUAUGACUUUGGUCCAGAUGUGCAUUUUGUUUUUGUACUUCCUUUCCCGACAGGCUGUGGUGCGUUAAAACACAGUCAUUUCCUGUAACCCCCCCCCCCCCACCCCACGUUGCUGAACUCUGACAUUUAAUAUUGACUUAA